AUGGCGGGGCCCAUCUUCAACACCGAGCGCCAUGUCAAAUAUUACCUCCGCUGCCUGAAGACCUUCCUCCCCUCGGCCUAUGUCUCCAAUGACUCCAAUCGCAUGCUCCUCGCCUACCUAACCCUCGGCGGUCUCGACGUUCUCGGUGUUCUACAAAGCAAAACAACCCCGGAGGAGCGGCAAGGGUACAUCGAUUGGCUCUACCAUUGCCAAGUACCCUCGGGCGGCUUUCGGGGAUUUUCAGGCACGGACUUUGGCGAUGAGAAGCGGACAUCGGACAACAAAGCUUGGGAUCCGGCCAAUGUCCCCGCGACAUUCUUUGCGCUGGUCAAUUUGCUCAUUCUGGGCGAUGACUUGGCCCGAGUGAAGCGGAGGGAAUGCUUGGAGUGGCUCCCGAAGCUGCAGCGUGAAGACGGGAGUUUUGGAGAAGUGUUGGGACCAAAUGGGACAAUUGAAGGGGGUAGUGAUCUACGAUAUUGCUGUUGCGCAUCGGGGAUACGCUAUAUCCUACGAGGCCAAGCCGGAAAGGGCGUUGAAGAUGUGCCAGAUAUUAAGGUCUCUAAAUUAAUCUCAUUUAUCGAGGCGUGUCAGAGCUACGACGGCGGAAUGGGCGAGUCGCCUUUUCGUGAAUCGCACAGUGGUCAUACAUAUUGUGCAGUUGGAUCUCUGCACUUUCUGCGUCAGGAAACAGAUAAAAUCCCGUCUGCCCAGCUGCUGUCUCCGGGCUCGAAGAAGUUUGAGGGUCUGGUGGGCUGGCUGGCAUCGCGGCAGACCGAUAAAUUGCUCGGCGAGGAGGAUGAGGAGGGGAAGAAGAAGUAG